AUGUUUAAACCGACAGUCACUUAUUGUGAAAUAUAAAGAAGAUAGAAAAUUAUUUUUGGAAUGCAUUUAUUUGAGAUUCCAAAUCGAAAUCCUUAUUAUACUAUAGUAGGAUCAAGAAAGGAUGAGAAAUAAAAAACAUCAUCAUCAAGAUAAAAUAACAAAUUAGAAUUUUUGACUUCAAGACAUAUGACAACUCUACCAGUAACACCAGCAAGUAAAUCUCCAUCCUUUUUGGAAAGCUCUCAACUUUUAGUAUUAAAAUAAGUUAAUCUCAAUCCAAGAAUUAAGUAAUUGAAACCUAAAGCAUAAUUAUAAUUCAGAUAACAAAAGACUGAAAAUAUCAAUAAGAAAUGCAACUAGUCCUUUCGAGUAAAUUAAACUUUGCCGAUUCCUCGAUAAAAUAAUAUGAAAAAUUCUAUAAGAAUCAAAUAGAUUGAUUCUUAACCUUCAGAAUGUUAAGAUUUUAUUGAUUAUGUUUGUAUUGAAAAAUUAAUAUGA